GUCGCCUUGAACCCUUUAUAUCUGCAUCUACUCUCAAGCCCUUCCAUUGUUCUCGGGAUUUCUUUCAAUUCCGCAGACCAAGCUCAAUCCAAUACCCCGCCAUGCCAAUCCGGCCCGCAACCCCAUCUGACGAGCCUGCCAUGGUCUCCGUCCUAGCCUCGGCCUUUUGGGAUGAUCCGCUUUGGGUCCUGAUACUCCCCCACCGCAACAAAUACCCAGAAGAUGUCAACUCGUAUUGGUCCGACCAGCUCCGUAAGAGCUGGUCCAAGCCCAAUGAAAGACAACUUGUUUCCACCGUCAAUGUUGAUGGGACGGAGAAAGUAGUGGGGGUAGCCGUCUGGCAGCGACAAGGCGAUGAUGCAGGAAAGCAAAAGGUGGAAGACGAGUGGGUUGAUGUUGGUUCAGAUGCUUUCCGCCCUCUCCCUGAUACUCCAAAUCGUGCCGUUGAUCCCAACAAGGUCAACAUUCUGGAAGAUUCCCACCCUUUCGCCGCGCACUUGUGGAGCGGUGAGCGAAGGAACAACUGGUAUCUCGUGCUCUGCGGCGUCCACCGGGACUACGCUGGCAAAGGGCUCGGACGAGAGCUUGUGCUUUGGGGCCUCGAGCGCGCCAGGGAGGAGAACGUGCACGCAAGCUGUGUCACAAGUCCGGGCACUGAAAGAUUCUAUCUACGAUGUGGGUUCGACGAGAUAGUGGGAAAUUGUAACGAAGGAGAAGGUAACCCAUUGAACGGUGUUGCAGGAGGGGAUGCGCUUUUCAUGUAUCCCAAGAAGAAGGAGGCAGGCAAUUGAGGGCUCUGCUGCCUUUAGCACAUUUUUGAAGCAACUCUUGACAUCU